ACUGCGGAAGUCCUUACGAGCGUGCUACGCACCAGCCCCAUUUUAGCAAUGAUUUUCAGAAAAAAAAAUGAGAAGUUUAAAAUCUCACACUUCUCCACCUCCUCAGACCCCAAAACCAAAAAUUUUAGCAAUGAUUUUCAGGAACAAAAGCAAAAGUUUAAAAUCUCACACUUCUUCACCUCCUCAGACCCCAAAACCCUAGAAAAAGAGAGUGAGGAAAACUAGAAUGUCCGUAUUGCAGAAUACCCCCAUAAAACCCGAGCCCAUCGUGGAGAAUUCCACAGGCGAGAGCUUGAGUAAGCACUCCUCUAAGAUCGUUAUUGCUGAUCUCAAUGUCCACCCUCCUGAAAGCGACGGUGAGGAUUGCAAGCUCGUUGCUCCACCCCAUUCCACGAGGGGCACCUAUGAAGAAACCUCUCUAUGGAAGAGUGCAUUAGUAGUUAGCAAUACCAAUGCCCUGGGGGGAGAAGAUGAAAGUUCAAUCCAGUUGGGGAAAUGUCACUCAAAAUUGAAGGGCGAUUGUCCUCUCGAAUCUGGACCUGACGUAGAUGCUGAUCAACAGUGUCAAGGGGUCUCCACUUCCCGUGAGGAUAAAGUCAGCAGCCUUAAAUAUGGCUUGGUGCGUGUUGCUCGGAAGAUGCCAAAAAAUGCUCAUGCUCACUUUAUACUCGGUCUAAUGUAUCAGAGGUUGGGUCAACCACAAAAGGCAGUUGGAGCAUUCGAAAAGUCAUCUGAGAUAUUGCUACAGUGCGAUGAUGGGAUUAGCAGACCGGAGCUACUUUCUUUAGUUCAAAUUCACCAUGCACAGUGCCUUCUGCAAGGAAAUACUGGAGAUACUUCAGAUAAAGAACUUGAAUUGGAAGAACUCGAUGACAUCCUUCUGAAGUUGAGGGAGUCGGUGCAAUCAGAUGUAAGACAAGCAGCUGUUUGGAACACACUUGGUUUGAUACUUCUUCGGACUGGCCGCCUGCAGAGUGCCAUAUCUGUUUUAUCUUCAUUGCUAGCUUUGGCUCCUGACUACUUGGAUGCCUUGGCAAACCUUGGCGUUGCCUACCUUCAGAGUGGGAAAUUGGAGCUUUGUGGAAGAUGUUUUCAAGAUUUGAUCCUAAAAGACCAAAACCAUCCUGCGGCUCUUACCAAUUAUGCUGGCUUUCUCUUGUGUAAAUAUGGUUCAGUUAUUGCAGGUGCUGGGGCAAAUUCUGGUGAAGGGGCUUCUGCAAGUCAAGUUGUAGCUGCGAAUGUUGCAAAGGAAUGUUUGGCAGCCGCUGCUAAAGCAGAUCCCAAAGCUGGACGCAUCUGGGUAAAUCUUGCUAAUGCAUAUGACUUGGCUGGCGAUCCUAGAAGUGCUGGCAAGUGCUUGGAGCAGGCAGCAAGACUGGAGCCCAAUCGCCUGUCUACUAGAUAUGCCAUUGCUCUUCAUCGAAUUAAAGAGGCAGAAAGGUCUCAAGAACCUACUGAACAACUUUGCUGGGCUGCAAAUGAAAUGGCUUCAAUACUUAGAGAAGGUGAUCCGACGAUGAUUGAGCUUCGUGUAGCAUGGGCAGGGUUAGCCAUGGUUCACAGGGCACAACAUGAAAUUGCAUCAGCUUUUGCAGAUGGACACAAGGAUUUGAGAGAGGUGAAAGAGCGAGCUCUUUACACUCUAAAGCAGGCAAUGGAGGAGGACUCUGAUGAUGUGGGGCCGUGGAACCAACUGGGUCUCUACAAGCUUUGCACGCUACAGUUCAAGACAUCACAGAAGUACCUCAAGGCUGCAGUCGCACGCUGCAAGGAAUGCAGCUACACAUGGUCAAAUCUUGGUGUCUCAUUGCAGCUAUCUGAUGACCAGUCAAUGGCUGAGGAAGUGUACAAAAGGGGGCUUUCAUUGGCAACGGACCAAGAGGCACACACCAUUCUUUCUAACCUCGGGAAUCUCUAUCGACAGCAAAAGCAGUUCGAACGUGCAAAAGCCAUGUUUGCGAAAUCAUUUGAACUGCGCCCUGGAUAUGCUCCUGCAUACAAUAAUCUAGGACUCGUGUUUGUCGCAGAGGGCAGAUGGGAGGAUGCCAAGAGUUGUUUUGGCAAGGCUUUAGAGGUGGAUCCUCUUCUAGAUGCGGCCAAAUCCAACAUGAUGAAAGCAGUAGCAAUGUCUAGGAUAUGUACAGCCAUGGAAACAUCUCUAGUUGAAGAGAAGUAAGCCAUCUUAUUCAGGUAUCAGCUCUUCUAGUUUCUGUUGAAUGUGUGUUUUCAUAUUAAAAUGGAAUCAUAUUUAAGUUUCGAUUGAAAGAGGCAUGUCCUUUGUUCGACCCAGCAAUGGUAGAGCAGUGCCCUCCAUAGGGGAUUUGGGGUGUCUCCCAUCCACUGUUGUGCCACCAUAUGAACUAUUUUGUUGCCAGAAGGUGGGCUCUACAUGUAAAAUUUAUUGGGAUGAGCAAAUGCUUGGGAGAACAUUGGAAUUCCUCCAACAUGCCCUAGUAUAUUCUGGCAUGUCCAUCA